AUGGCAAAAUCAAGUGCUGCAAAAGACAGCAACGAGGCUUCCAAGAAAUCUCCGGAAGAAGCGGAUCAUACCAAACCAGACUACGGUCCUUGGAAAGAACGAAAGCGACCGCCUGGUUCUCAAGCGGGACGCUACAAGCGUUUUGAUAAGUCCAUUCCGAGUGGUGCCGAGCGCGUGUUGGUUCCAACCAAGAACGAUGUUGUCUUUGGUAGAGGUAAGGGCUCACACGAUCACCCUGGAAACAGACGAAUGCGAGAGAUCAUCCGUCGCCAUAAGAAAGACUACAGCGCCAUUCAUCGAUCCAAAAAGAGACAAAUUGCAGAGCUUGUAUAUUCCGAAAUCACGCAAAAUGGUGCGAGGUUUCUACACAGGAAAAGAGGUGAAGAAGCCUAUGCAGUGGUGGAUCUCAACCUCGCUUUGCAAAAAUUGAGCAACACGCUGCGGUGCCGCAAGAGUUGUUUGAUUGGUGACGAGGAUGAAAACGAAGAAACUGUAGCGGCGUCUUCAUCCGCAGCCUUUGCUUCGGCUCCUGGGGCCGUUACUAUUCAACCAAGACGGGACGCAGCCGGAUUCCCUGGUGCCGUUCCACCAGCAGUAUUGGCGCCACCCGUUGGUGGUCUCGUCUCCGCUGCUGCGUUGCAUCAGGAAGCACUUAGUGCCGGUGCUGCUUCCAUGACAGCGCAGGAUUCGUUGUUGCGCAGGAGGUACCUCGCAGGGCUUGCAAGACCAGAAUAUAUGCUGCCACCAACGAGUCUUGCGGCAGAACGUGAGCUGUGGAUGGGCACAUCAUCUCUUGCCGCUGAAAGAGAGCUGCUUUUUCGAAGGUCUGCGCUUGGUCAUCCAUAUGGUGCAGGUGGUGCUGGAUCACUUUUGGGAAGCUCCUUGCUUGCCUCUGAUCCAUUGCUCUCUGCUCCCCCAAUGUCAGCUCACGAAAGGUACAGUGAAAUGAUGGCUGCGGAGCAGGAAUACCUUUUGGCCCGAAGACGAUUGAGAAAUGCAACCCUUGGUUUGUAG